AUGCUCUGGAUUGGCCUAUGGCCGCGGCCACCUCCACAACACAACACAACAGUGACAGCAAUACACAGCCAGACAGAACGUCGCAGUCGCAGUACGGUCCUGCGUAGUAAGGACAGGACAGAAAAGAAGAGGAAGACGCAAUACACAGCCAGACAGAACGUCGCAGUCGCAGUACGGUCCUGCGUAGUAAGGACAGGACAGAAGAGAAGAGGAAGGCGGUAUGUUUUGUUAUGUUUGGCAGCAAUACACAGCCAGACAGAACGUCGCAGUCGCAGUACGGUGCUGCGCAGUAAGGACAGGACAGAAGAGAAGAGGAAGACGCAAUACACAGCCAGACAGAACGUCGCAGUCGCAGUACGGUGGUGCGUAGUAAGGACAGGACAGAAAAGAAGAGGAAGACGGUAUGUUUUGUUAUGUUUGGCAGCAAUACACAGCCAGACAGAACGUCGCAGUCGCAGUACGGUGGUGCGCAGUAAGGACAGGACAGAAGAGAAGAGGAAGGCGCAAUACACAGCCAGACAGAAACGUCGCAGUCGCAGUACGGUCCUGCGUAGUAAGGACAGGACAGAAAAGAAGAGGAAGACGCAAUACACAGCCAGACAGAACGUCGCAGUCACAGUACGGUUCCUGCGUAGUAAGGACAGGACAGAAAAGAAGAGGAAGACGCAAUACACAGCCAGACAGAACGUCGCAGUGACAGUACGGUCCUGCGUAGUAAGGACAGGACAGAAAAGAAGAGGAAGGCGGUAUGUUUUGUUAUGUUUGGCAGCAAUACACAGCCAGACAGAACGUCGCAGUCGCAGUACGUUCCUGCGUAGUAAGGACAGGACAGAAAAGAAGAGGAAGACGCAAUACACAGCCAGACAGAACGUCGCAGUCGCAGUACGGUGGUGCGUAGUAAGGACAGAACAGAAGAGAAGAGGAAGGCGGUAUGUUUUGUUAUGUUUGGCAGCAAUACACAGCCAGACAGAACGUCGCAGUCGCAGUACGGUCCUGCGUAGUAAGGACAGGACAGAAAAGAAGAGGAAGACGGUAUGUUUUGUUAUGUUUGGCAGCAAUACACAGCCAGACAGAACGUCGCAGUCGCAGUACGGUGCAAUACACAGCCAGACAGAACGUCGCAGUCGCAGUACGGUCCUGCGUAGUAAGGACAGAACAGAAGAGAAGAGGAAGGCGGUAUGUUUUGUUACGUUACUGCCGUCUCAGGUGUGUUGGCUUGGAGGCCACACAGCUGUGAGCCCCCGGGCAGAACGUCGCAGUGACAGUACGUUCCUGCGUAGUAAGGACAGGACAGAAAAGAAGAGGAAGACGGUAUGUUUUGUUAUGUUUGGCAGCAAUACACAGCCAGACAGAACGUCGCAGUCGCAGUACGGUUCCUGCGUAGUAAGGACAGGACAGAAGAGAAGAGGAAGGCGGUAUGUUUUGUUAUGUUUGGCAGCAAUACACAGCCAGACAGAACGUCGCAGUGACAGUACGGUCCUGCGUAGUAAGGACAGGACAGAAAAGAAGAGGAAGACGCAAUACACAGCCAGACAGAACGUCGCAGUCGCAGUACGGUGGUGCGUAGUAAGGACAGAACAGAAGAGAAGAGGAAGGCGGUAUGUUUUGUUAUGUUUGGCAGCAAUACACAGCCAGACAGAACGUCGCAGUCGCAGUACGGUGGUGCGUAGUAAGGACAGGACAGAAGAGAAGAGGAAGGCGUUCAAUGGUGAAGUCACGUCGCGGACCAGCUGUGCGAAGGUGACUGGUGAUGGUGAUGCCAUGGUACUAGGAGAGGAACUGUCGUAG